CUUUAUAAUUGUUUCCGUUUCUCAAUAGGACAAGUAUUAUUUCCUACUUAUCAUUCUAUGUCAAAACUUAUAGAUCAUAUUUUGUAGAUUUGAAUAAUUUUCUUGCAUAAUAUUUAUCGCCUUGAUUACAUUUAGCUGAAGGUCGAAUGAAAAUGGGUGAAUGCUACUUGUAUUUACCUAAGAGAUACAUUUUGGUUUUCCUCGCAUUCUUGGGAGUUUUUAACACCUUUGCAAUGAGAGUUAUUUUGAGUGAAGCGAUAGUGGCAAUGGUCAACCAUACAGCUGUUGAAAUAGAAAAUAAUUCAUUAAGCAGCUUCGAAUGCCCUUCAAUCAAUGAUGAAAAUUCAAUUCAAAGUCAUGAGUUGAAAGGUGUUAAGUAUGAUUGGGACACUCAAACACAAGGUGUUAUACUUGGAUCACUUUAUUAUGGAUAUGUAAUAUCCCAGAUACCAGGUGGAAUUCUGGCUCGAAAAUAUGGCGCCAAAUGGGUAUUUGGUGGUGGAGUACUAUUUGCUGCAAUUUUCUGUUUAUUAUCACCUGUGGCAGCUGGUUGGGGAACAAUUGCCUUCACUAUUGUGCGCGGACUUCAAGGAUUCUCAGAAGGCGUGACACUACCAGCUAUAAAUUUCGCAAUUGGUAUUUGGUCACCAAAGACGGAGAGGAGCAGAGUAUCAACCAUCAUAUUUUUAGGUGUCUUAUUAGGAACGGUUGUUGCUAUGCCGGUUGCUGGACUGCUAUGCGGUACAGAUUUUCUUGGAGGAUGGCCGUCUGUUUUCUAUGUAUUUGGAGUGAUCUCUUGCAUAUGGUUUUUCUUUUGGAGUUUUCUCAUUUAUGAAACACCAGAUAUUCACCCAAGCAUCUCAAAAGGUGAACUUUUAUGCAUACAGCUCAACACAGAAGAUCAAUCACAAAAGACUAGUACGGUUCCAUGGAAGAAAAUGUUGACAUCUCUACCUGCUUGGGCUGUUCUUAUUUCUCACACGGGUCACAACUUUGGAUUCCUCAUUAUGUUGUCUGAGAUUCCCACUUAUCUGAGUUCCGUUCUUCAUUACGAUUUAGCAUCGAAUGGUAUUUUGUCUGCCCUACCCUUUAUAUGUCAAGCCCUAAGUGCAUUUGUAGCAUCUUUUGUUGCGGAUGAAUUACGAAAAUCAAAUAAGUUGAGUAUUACUACAAUUCGAAAAAUCCUGAAUUGUAUAGGCAUGUUCGGGCCUGCAAUAUGUUUGAUUGGAAUUACCUUGUCUGGGUGUAGAACUAAACUUAUAGUUGUUUUGCUCUGUGUCGCAAUGACUCUUAAUGGCUGCAUAUUUUCAGGCUUCAAUGUGACACAUGUUGAUAUGUGUCCGUCUAAUCCAGCAACUUUUUAUGCAAUAACCAACGCAUUUUCAAACUUAACCGGAAUUAUCGGACCAUUGAUAGUGGGUGCUUUCGUAGCAAAUGGUGCAAGUUUGUCAAACUGGAGUAAAAUAUUUUACACCACUGCAGUCAUGUACGUAUUUGGCGGAGGAUUUUAUGCGAUGUUUGCAUCUGCUGAAGACCAAAAGUGGGACAGUGAGAAGGAAGAUUUCAAGAAUGAUAACACAUCAAAACAGGAAAUACGAACUAGGUUGUAAAAUUUUGAAAAUGUGAUUGAAGGGGGGAGAGUAAUUUUUUAUUGAUAAAGCAGUGAAUGAAUAGAACAUAUUUUUCAAGGGAGUUGAUAAAAGUUAAUACCAAAAAACAAGACUCUAAGAACUCCAGGACAUUGAAUUAGUGAUUUGAAAUUUCAACUUAGCCAAUUCAGCUUCGCGCCAGAUCACGUCACAUCCGGAAAUAAAGUACAAAAUUGACCGGACAUUUCUCUGCUCUUAAACUAGAAUAAAAACAGCAUCACAAAUAGAUAAAUAAUCCAGUCUUCAGAUGUGCUUCGAUUAAAGGGAUGGUAAAAAUGAGAAAAUCUAGUUAUUUUUUAUUCUUAUUAACAAAAAAAAUUAACUUAUAGGAAAUAUGAAUGACUGCAAAAGCCUAUAGAAUGUAAAGUCGAUAUGUCACAUAUUUCACGUCUCGCCAGGCGGUCACAUCCGGAAAACAAGAGCCAAGUGACCGGACAUUUCUUUGCUUAAACUAGAAUAAAAACAGCGUCACAAAUAGAUAAAUAAUCCAGUCUUCAGGUGUGCCACGAUUAAAGGGAUUGUAAAAAUGAGAAAAUAAAGUUAUUUUAAUUUGUUCUUAUUUACCAAGAAAUUUAAUUUAUAGGAAAUAUGAAUGAUAUGUCGCAUAUUAUAGUUUACCCAAAACUUCAAAAAAUAUAGACAUUCCAUUCCAUAGGAUAAUGAAACCUAAAGCUUCAAUUUGGAAUU